AUGUUUAAGGCAGCCAUAAAGCACCGACAUUCGAAAUUCCCGCUAUGGAAGAUAAUCGGCCUCGAAGGGAUCCCGGUCUAUACACAGUUCUUUCUGAGGGAUGAGCACUGGCACUUCGGUAGGUUUCUGUGUGACCUCUGGCUUCUGAUUGACUACGUCGUGUGCCUGGCUUCUAUUUAUACAGUUCUUGGUAUUACUAUUGAUAGAUAUUGCUCAGUAAAGUAUCCAGCAGCCUACAGGAAUUGGAGGACACCGGGUAAAGUCAUUCUUAUUAUAGCGAUUGUCUGGAUGAUACCCUUAGUGCUGUUUUCGUUAUCAAUAUUUGGCUAUGAUAAAUUUACGGGUGAGCGAAUAUUGGCAGAUCACGAAUGCUACGUACAAUUCAUGGCCAAUCCAAUACUGAACAUGGGAAUGUAUAUAUCCUAUUAUUGGACGACACUUUUUGUAAUGCUCUAUCUAUACUGGGGUAUAUAUCGAGCUGCGAAGUUAUUGGCCUCCAAAAGUGAACAGAAAAAUAAACGACUCGCAGUGCUCAACGAAAUGCGAAGGCCAACCAGAACCGAUCUCGUAUCAACAAUGACCGCCAGGAGUAGCGAACCUGAUACUCCACCAGACACAUCUUCCUCACAGUCCAAAAACAACGUCGUUCCCGUUGUCACACCUUCAUCUUCGAAGCAUUCGCAGAGCAACAACAAUGUGAUUUUACCGGCAACUACGGCAACAAGGCCAGAGGUAAACAGUGCUCUAGAGCGAGAGAGCACGGCACCUUGCGUUUCACCGGAAAUCUCUGAUCCGGAUGCAUCCGAACAACCGUUGCGAACAAUUGAACACUUCCCGUUCAUUGACUCUGAUAGUCUCACUUCUUUGAUGGGACAAUACGAUGUGCCUGAUUCUCCAAGAAUCGAGGCAACGAAACCGGCACAAGAAGAGAUAACAAGCGCUGAAGAGGUUCGUAUGCCGUUGCUAGCUGUUGCGAAAGUAACAAGACGUAAGCGUACUGAAAAUGGUGUGAGACGUUUGUUGACUGCAAUGAGAUCGAGAAGUGUUCGAAGACGAGAACAUCGCAAGGGUGAUUACAAAUCACGAUCUGAGAACCGUGCUAGAAAGCAUUCCCAUGAGAUUCUCGAUGAAAGUGACGAUGUAGAAAGUGGCAUUUUAUGUUUAGUUAGAGUGUCGCUGGGGAUUCGUUUCCCUGAUUCAAUAAAAUUUCAGGCACUUCGAACAAUAACAUUCAUUUUGGGUACAUUCACGAUUUUAUGGACACCAUUCUAUGUGUUGGCCACGGUGAUAGGAUUUUGUGAAUCGUGUAAAGAAUCCAAAACAUUCAAUUUAAUUUAUUCGAUUAGUUAUUUUCUUUGCUAUAUGAAUAGUCCAAUCAAUCCGUUUUGCUAUGCAAUGGCUAAUCAACAAUUCAAACGAACGCUCACACGAAUUUUCCGUGGAGAUUUCAGAAGGACAUAA